UCAUUUUUGUCCUUCUGAGUUCUGUCUGUCCAUGUUUUGAAUGAAUGAGAUGAUUGUGUGAUGACUAAAAAUGAAACCAAAAGUUUUUACUUAAUAUGUAAGAUUAGAUUAAUAUAGAUAUUUUCAUUUUAACUCUUCAAUCAUGAUGGCAGGAAAGGGUAUGCCGGAGACGGAGGAGCAGAAUAGGAUAAGGUUUCAAGUGGAGCUAGAAUUCGUUCAAUGUUUAGCCAAUCCAAAUUACAUUCAUUUUCUAGCACAGCGAGGCUACUUCAAGGAGCAGACUUUCAUCAACUACCUGAAGUACCUCCAAUACUGGCGGGAGCCGGAGUAUGCUCGCUACCUCAAGUAUCCAAUGUGCCUACAUUUUCUGGAGUUGUUGCAGCAUGAGGCGUUUAGAAGGGAAUGUGUAUCAGCUCAGGUGUGCAAGUUCAUGGACGACCAGGCGAUCCUGCUGUGGCAACACUACACGCGGCGGCGCACGCGCACGCUGCAGCCCCCGGACGCGCCCGCACCGCCCGCGCCUCCUGCGCCGCCCGGCCCGCCGAGACAACAGUCGUAGGGUUAGCUUUUCAAAGAUUUUUAAAGUUUUGCCAUCCUGUGGCUGUUAGACUUCUCUACUUUUGCUUUCAAAGGGAUACCUUUGAUAGCAAAAGACGUCAACUGACGCGCGCGGCUGCAGCCGAAUAUCAACCUUAGUGCAUUGCGACAAGGUCCACGAUCACACGCCGCGCGUAGCGUUUAUAGUGUUAAAGACUUCAGGGGCUUUUUAGUUUGAGGAUGGCAGUGUAGGUCCAGAUAGACCCUAAAGCAUAUGCUGAUGCUAGCAGCAUUAAUUGCAUAACUGUAUUCUGCGCACCAAAAGCGAAUGGAAAUGAAAAAUAUUGGGUAGCUGAUAAGCUUUACUCGGUCCAUAUCAAUUUGCUCUGGAAGCUUAGUAUGAUAUAGGCAAAGAGUUAUUGAUUGUAGAAGGGUUGAAAAGUCUAAGCAUAAAUCGUGCAGCUGAACUGGAUGGCGCUGUACGGCGCCAUAUAUGUUGUGUGGUAACUGAAUUGUCUAAAGCAACUUUUUGAUAACCAGUUACUGCAUUAAUAAAUCGAGUCAUACACUUAAAUCGAGUAUCGAGUCAUAGUCUUAAACUUUACAGAAUAUAAUAGUACGAUCAACAAAUGUUUGGUAAUGGGGUGUUUAUCAUUUUUAAAUGCCGAAAAUACAGUUCUCUACUGACACCUACUCUAAAUAUAUGACUCAUCCUAAUUUAAUUUAAACCUUUAAAAAAAUCUCAUGUUUUUUAUGUCAGUUUCUGAAAUAUAGAUAGACUGAUUGAUGUAUUAUCGUAAGUUUAAGUAAGUAAAUUAA